CUGGGAUAUAAAAAUUCAAAAAUGGCUUCCGACAGUGAAUCUGGAACUGAAUAUGAGGUUGAUAAAAUUCUCCAGCAAAGGAAAAGGAAGGGCGUUAUUGAAUAUCUGAUAAGAUGGCAAGGCUAUGGAGCAGAGCAAGAUUCCUGGGAACCAGUCAAAAAUUUAAAAGACUGUGUUGAUAAAAUCAAAGCUUUUAACGAGAGUGAAAAUGAUUCUCCCAAAAAGAGAGGAAGAAGAAAGUCAACGUCUAGAUCUAGGUCAAGGUCACGUGGAAGGUCAGCUUCAAAGAGCAGGAAGUCUCCAGGUCGCAAGAAAGCCACCCCUAUCAAGCAGGAGACCCCUCUUCGUCGAUCGAGCCGAUCUCGUUCCAGAGGUCGUCAGCAAACUAAAGUGGAGACCAUUACUAAAAGAGUAGAAGAGUUUUCUGAUGAUGAAGGCAGGUCCAAAACUGUGGUCACUGAAACUGUCACAAGAUCUAAUGCCACUGCAGCAUCAAAGAAGACCCAGUGGAAGAACCCGCUGAGGACGGCUUACAAGAACCUGACCAGCUCUGAUUACCCUGUGAUGGUUAUCUUUGCCUGUAUCACACUGAUCACUAUCAGUUUCUUGCUGGAGCCUUAUGUCAAUUUGGAUGGGGCCUGUGCAUCCAUCAGUAAGACAUUGUCUUUUCUACAGAAGUAUAUCCAGGGACUGUGGACAAACAGCACAGGGAAAUAAGUGACCUAGAUCUCCACCAAUCCAGGGCAGCUUAACCAAUCACUGAUCAAUUACCAUUAGCUAAUGUCUUUUCUAUAGCAGUUGGAGUAAGAUUAUGUCAUUUUGCAAGAAAAUAUUUUAAAAUGUCAGCAAUUUUUAUGGGUCUGAAAGACACUAAAAAUGUUUUUAUGUAUUGUAAGAAUUUGAAAAAAAAAGACUAAUAGAAGUUAUGAUUAGAUUUAGUGCUGUAGACAUUUUAAGUAAAGGACUAUUUUAUGAAUUAUAUUUUUAUGUAACGUUACAAUUUCCCAUUGUUUUAUACGCCGCUCACCUUCCAAGUGUCAUAUUUACUGGUUGUCUCCCUUGAUUAACCAUGUCUCCUUCAGUAUUGCUUUUGUCACUGAAAAAUCCCAUAAAGAGAUUUUAUGGACAUGUCAUAUAAAUACAUGUACCUCGUGUUUUAGAAAUAUUAUAGAACAAAGAGUAUUUUACAUUUUAUGAAGUAGUUGGUUUAAUAAGCUCUCCCAAUGCAGCAUACGUUUUCAAAGUAUGUUUUUGCAUUGAGGUAGAUAGGUCUCACAGCAAAUAUAAUAUCUUUAAUAACUUGAAACUCAUUUUUAUGUCAAAUGCUAUGCAAGAGAUCAAGGGUUGUAAAGAAAAAUUUAAUAUCUUCACUAGCCAAGGUCUUCUCACAAACCCUUGGCCUAUCAUGCCAUCAAAAGUCAAGAUUUUUUCUUGAGCUGUAUUUGGUGGUUAUUGAUAUAGUUUGACCAAUCAGUUAGUGCUACAGGAAAUGACAGUAUCUACGUUUGGGAGAUAGGAAGAAAAAACAGGUAAAUGAUAACCUGGCAUUCUGUAAAUAGCUAUGGUGUUAUCCAACUUUAUGUUGCUGUGCACAUAAUGUAAUCUGGAAUAUAUAUAUUGCAGAUAUAUAUUGGCAUCCUGAAAAACAAAAUUUGAUUCUUGCUUGUUAAUUAUCCUUAAAAUACUUAAGUUAAUUCUUAAAAAUGCUCUUUAUUUUUGUCAAUGACGCAAGCUGUGGGUAUGAGGUAAGAUUUGAGAUCAUGUGACUUAAACAAUUCCGAUUGAUGGCACGAUGAGCUGAGGUUGCAGAUAAGAAACCCUUGCCUAGUGAAGAUGGUUAACAGAGAACCUAUUGAGAAUAAUGUGUUCAUUAUCAAAGCCAAUGUAUAAAGUAUAGGUUAUACCUAGUCUGUAAGCUAUAUGUAUCUCAAAUACUCUCAAUACUUAACUUGUUUGAUAAUCAAUAUCUAUUUCCGCCACUAGAAAUAUACCAUGCAAUGUAGUGGAUUUUAAUACUUGAUACAGUGUAUUGAUACGUAGAUUUUUUUGUAGCAAGUUUUGAAAUUGCACAUUUUAUACAUUUGGUAUAUAUUUGUAUACAGAAACACCUUAUAGUUCAAAUCAUCUGUUAUUAACAGAUCAAGAUUCAUUUUAUUUUUUUGAAAUGAAGCAAUUCAUAAAUAGUCAAAAAUUGGCAUUCCUGGAUACCUUUGUUAUAAUGCAAAUUGUAACAGAAUCACAAAAUGUAAGAUGUUCUAUCAAUUGAUAAUGAUUCAACAUAAGCAGACCACAAAAAAAUUACUUGUACAUGUAUUACAUAUUGCAUUUUAUAUCUUGCAUUGAUUUUGAUGCAAAAAUAAGAAGAAAAAAUGUAAAAAUUAGUUUAUUUACAUUUUGUGUCUUUAUUACAUUUUGUGUUGUGACAUAACUGGUAGCGAGGCUUGUUUGUGUGGUGUACGAAUUCUUUUAUACUGAUAUAAGAGAAAGUUCAUUGCGUUACCCUCGUAAGCUUCAGGACCCUCAGGAUGUUUUUACGUCUUUUUAUUCAUGCGAAUUUGUAAAUAAAACAUAAGUGUAGCCAUCAUAAAA